AUGCCGAAGCCGACCAGCAGGCGCCGGCAUACCGAGAAACAUUCGCGCCAAAGGUCCAAGCCCAGCGAAAGCGGACCAGAGCCCGAUCGCCACAGCGAUGCUGCCUUUUCGAAGCCCACUGCGGAUACCGGAGCCGCCGUCAUCAGCCCGCAAGGCCCCAGUGCUCAAGCCUACACUAGGGCCAAAGGAAAACCCCGGGACGAAGGCAUGCAGUCACGACUGUCGGCGCUGCCUCCUCCGCGAUUCGGCACCAGUCCUCGCCAGACGCCGCAUGGCGUCGAGUCGGUCCGAACCACGCCAUCUCCGACGGCUUCCUGCAAUUCGUCGGCACCGAUAAAUACCAAUGUGGAGCUUACAUCACCCAGCCCCGAGUUCCAGCUUCAACUGCAACCCGUGUCCGCGGGAGCGUCGGCUCAAUCAUCGCCGCUAGGCGGUUCGUCCCCGAGACUCGACGUGGCCACGGGAGUGCGCGCGAACCUCGCGAUCGCCAGUGUCGUCGACACCUGGCAAGAACCCCGCGCGCCUCCCAUUGGUGUUUCGGACGAGCAACCCACCGAGACGCCGGCAGCAGCGCAGGCUCAUGCUGCUACCGCAGCGGAGGAGCUCGAGCAGCAGGCGCCGGCGCCCAGCCAACAGUCACCGCAGGUCAAGACGCACGGCGACGUUUCGGCGGCAAAAGCAGUUGUGGCGGAGACGACUCCGGAGCGAGUGACGUCAAAACGGACAAAUUUCCCGACAAGGAAAAUAACCGUCGCAUUCACCGCGGCAUGUGUGGGCGUUAGCGUGCUCUUCAUGUUUGCCGUGUUUGUGGUCAUCGCGAAGAACCCUAGUGCGGUGGGCCUCAACCUGUGCCGAACCAAAGACUGCGAUCAGCACUUGAUGCUGCUUACCAGACGCCUCGACCCGAAGCUCGACCCUUGCGAGGAUUUCGCUGCCUUCGUGUGUUCUGCGUGGCGGGCGUCGCGGACGCACAGGGAACAAGCAAGAUCGGUCAUAGAUGACCUGCGCUUCACUUGGUACGACCGCUUCGACAACACCUUGAGAAGGGGCGCGCUAAGCCUUACCGCGGCAAGGAAACCGCGCGCAAUGUACACCAUGUGUCGGCGCUACUUCCCUGCAAACCUGUCGCAGAUGGCCUUAAUCUUCAACCACAUCAAAGAGUACAAUGUGCGAUGGCCGGAUCCACCCACGAAGCCACAUGAUCCGUUGAGUAUGCUUGUCUUGCUCAGCUACAAGUGGGAGCUGCAUUUCUGGAUCACGGUCAACAUGCUGGAGCAUUCACUCAGCGGCAAGCGACGCAUCCUAGUCAGACCGGGUCUGUUCCUCUCCAUGCUGCUUUACCAACACCAGGCGGUCGCGCAGUCCUAUGUCCAGUACUGGAAGCUGUACCUGGCACUCUUGCAUCCGAAUGCCAGCACUCGCCCACCUGUAAACGAGAAGCUUGUCAACGAUAUACUGAGGAUUGAAGACGACGUGCUCAACAGCUUGCAAAUCAUGGCCGCGUCCCCUCGGAAGAGCCCCGCGCUGUUUUCCUUCGGCAAAGUACGCGCCUACGUUCCGAACGCUUCCGUCACCCUCUGGCGCGAGGCAUUCCAGAGAGGCAUGUCGCUGCAGCCGGCGCUAACCGACGACGACGAGAUUGCCGUUAGCGACGUAUCGUACAUCAGGACGGUCUCUGAGCUACUGGCCAAGUACAGUGAAGUGCAGCUCAACAUGCACAUAACGUGGCUGGCUCUACAGUAUUACGCCCCCGUGGCCGACUACUCCAUUCUCGUGGGCUAUUACGGCAGUGGAGAGAAGGCGAAAGAGUACCUGCCAGCUUAUUGUGCGCACAAGACAGAGGCCGCUUACAAGGUGCUCGUACUGGCCCUCGGCUUCCACGCCCGGUUCACGGACCAAGACCGAACGGCGAUCGACGCCGGCUUUCAUAGCCUUAUCUCGGCAGCGGUGCGAAAGAUCAACAGCGCCCGCUGGAUGGGCGACGAAGAAAGGAGGAGGGCUGCUGAGAAGGCCGCCUCCCUGCGGAUGGUCCUCUGGCCGCCACAGUCCCUGCUGGACAACGACACGCUUGAGCGACUUUACGCCGACUUUCCCGAGAAAGCGCCGUCAUUUGCCCAAUACUGGAUCCAGGCGCUGGAAGCUGCAGCCCGAAUGAACAGGACGCCGGAUUUCAGCGAGGCGCUUCUGCUGCUCGGGAGCCACUUCGCGACGUAUGCCGAGUACGACUACAUAUCAAACGCAGUGCGAGUGGCUAUGGGCGCCGUCGCAAAGCCAGCGUACUACAGCCAUGGUACCAAGGGCAUGUUGUAUGGCGGCGUGCUCUUCCUCGUGGCUUUGCAGCUAGUCAGGGCCAUCGACGACGAAGGGAUCAGGUGGGCGCCCAACGGUAGCGCGCUCGGCGAGUCCACCUUCUCGGCUCCUGCGUUAGAAGCGUACAGAGCCAGGUCGCAAUGCCAGCACGGCGCCGCUGACAGCGGGAGCGCGUUUCCCGAUGUGCCCGCACUGGAGAUCGCCUACUCCGCGCUGGAGGAAUCGCGCUUUCAAAACGAGAGCGAACCCACAGCCCUCAGCGAGGAUCUGCCGGAACUGAAGGUUUUCUUCAUGACGCUAUGCUACAUGACAUGUGCUAGCCCCGGCGGUAGGAGCAGCAUCGCUGCGGAUUGCAACAAGGUCGUUCGCAAUUCCUGGGCUUUCGCCGAUGCGUAUAGAUGUCCAAAGGGCAGCAAAAUGAACCCGGAAAAAAAAUGUUCGUUCUUCGAGUGA